UUCGCAGGUUAAUUGUCGGCAUUAGGACUAUCCCCGAAUCCCUUUCGAUUCCUGUCAGAAGCAUGUGACUCUUGAGUCAAAAGUCUACCCCAGUCAUAUGCUCAUUGCUCAGUGAUCCAGCGCAAGAUCAGACUAUCCUCAGCGCGGAAGUAACAAGAGCUCGGCAACUGUUGCUAAACUAAACCAGGCAACGAACUCAAGUUCCGAACAAACGCACGGAGAAACCAGGACAGCAAAAUGGAUUGUGGAAUCAUAACGUCGAAGUCUAUUCUCUUGCUCCUGAGUUUAAUUUUUUGGGCUGCAGGGUGCGCCCUCGCCUACGUGGGCUCCUAUGUCCUGAAGAGCUACAACAGCUUCGACAACUUCUUUGAAGACAAGUACACCCUCAUCCCCGCCGCCAUCAUCAUCGGCGUCGCCGUGGUGAUGUUCAUCAUCGGGAUCGUGGGGUGCUGUGCCACCCUGAGGGAGUCCAAACUUGGCCUGGGAUUUUUUUUCAUUAUCCUCCUGGUGAUCCUGGCGGCAGAGGUAACUGCCUUUGUGUUUGGAUUCAUCUACAGAGGCAAGAUAAAGGGUGACCUGGAGAAGACGAUGACCGACGUGUUCCAGAAGUACGACGGCCAGAACUCUGAAACUCGGGCAGUGGACUAUCUGCAGACGCAGCUGCAGUGCUGCGGGGUGCAGAACUACACCGACUGGGCCAGGACCACCUGGUACAGCUCUCACAACAACACGGUCCCCACGUCCUGCUGCAGGGCCAACAGCACGGGCUGCACCGGCCGACCGGACCAACCGGACCUGCUCUAUACUCAGGGCUGUGAGGCCAAGUUGGACCAGCUCCUGCAGGAUGUCCUGAGCUAUGCGAUGCUGGUCAUUCUGGCAUUCGCCAUCAUCAAGUUUUUCGGGAUUCUCAGCGUGUGCGUGAUCACCUGCAGAAGGAGCCGGAACGAUUACCAGCCGCUCUACGCCUAGUCCCGGCGGAACUCCGAUGGGACGUCCCGGACGGGUCCCUCGCCUGGCUCCACCGCGGCCCCGACCUCCAUUUCCUGUACGGAGCCCGGGUCAUGUGACCUCUGAUGACCGUAGUUUAAUACCGUGUACAUCUGUAUAGUCUGAUUUAUGUCUGUACCUCUCUCUCUCUUGUGUUUUUAACCCUCAGAAAACCGCUUUGUUUUUGCUGCCUACUCCAGUGUUGGAAUGUUCCUGUUGAACGACUGCUAACUUUACAUUUUUUUGUUUUUUUUGGGGGUUUUUAAAAAAUAAAACAUGUUUCGUACCCAGAUAGAAUAAACGUGGGGAUUAGGAAGUGUGUUGGGUUCGAGCAGGUUUUCUUAGGCAUGACUGCUUCAGGAAUAAAUGAUGCCAGAGUGGAACAUUCGUCUGUAAAAAAAAAAAAAGAAAACAAAACAAAAACAAAAACUAGCUCUGGCAAUCUCAGCCUGAGCGAAUACUGAUCUAGGAUCAGGUUAAUGAGGCCCUCUCCUGUUCAUCCUCCUGUGAGAAGAGCACAUUUGCCUGACCUCAUGGCAGGAAGCAGAACUUAUGCAAAGCUGUCUACACAAAUCUAUUCAAAGCUGCCUCAGCCCCCUGGCCAUGCAGCUGCAUGCUCUGGCUUGUGUAAGUGCACAAUCGAGGGAGAUUUUAUAUACGUUCAUGAGGUGAAUUAGGAAUAGGAAAGCACGCUACUGAUUGGUUCAUUUAAAUAUGGGGGUGGGGGUUAUUUCCCCUCCCACACUUUCUCACCAUGGGCCUGUAAUGUCAAGGUCAAGGUCAAACUAAAAUAGUUUCACCUUUUACUCGUCGUUAGUCACGUGCCUGUUAAAAUGAUUUGGUUGCGCAGUUUUUUUUACCGUUGUGAAAUUUCAAUUAAAACAAAAUUUAUCUGAAUGCUGGCCUGAGUGAACACUUCUGUAAAGAAUGAAUCAUAAACCAUUAAUGAUGAAUUUAUGAUAGUUUCGCUCCGAGGAUAUAAAGAUUUCUUUUUUAAUGUUUCAAUCUGGGAUCUCUACCUGGAGGGUCGUUGUGUCUGCUGGUUUUUUAUGUCUUUACGUUUAAGUGUUUAACUGUCAUUGAUUGGCUAAAGAGUCUGCACACCUUGUUUCCAAGCUAUAAACGGCUGCUGAUUUAAAGGAAAUCACAAAAAACAAGCAGAGACUGCGGCCCCCCAGGACCAGAGUUUCUCAGAAACAUGUAAUAUACAGGGGUAUUUAAAAAAAGAAAAUGUCAAUAUUUGAGAGAGCAUAUAUUGCGUCAAGAAAGUGUCUUUCCAUAGAAGAUAUUCGAGGAGUCAACAUGCGGUUUCUGAGAAAUCGUGUGGGGCGUUGGCCUGUGUUAUCUCUCUCUCCCUCUCUGGGACCCUUUUAAAAAAGAUAACCUCUGACUGUUGAAGUAAAUGAUCAUGUUAAAACUACCUAGCAAUUUCAGUAGUAAUGAAAUGGACAUAAAUAAGAGACUAUUCAUGUCACAAGUGGCUAAAUGUUUUUGUAAUUUUUUUUUUUUUUUUAGCUCUUCAGGAUCACCAUUAUAACCCAUCCAAAUGUCAGGUUAUUUUACAAGGAAAAUAUAGAUGUGAAUUUAUCAAAUUCCAUUUGUGUUACACUGAAUAUAUGUGAUGCUGUUUUCAUAUGAUUCCAUAUACUUGGUGUUCAUUCAAGCGUGACUGUUUAUGUGCUGUCUGGGUGAAUAUUUCCUGAACACCUGUGAAAUUAGCACAGGUAACUGAACUGCUACAUAAAUAAUACACACAGUUAACUGCUUUGAUAAGUUCUAAUUGACUAAACCUCAAUUUCAUCAGUUUAUUGUUAUUAUUAUUUUUAGUAAAAGGUCAAAAACCAAAACCACCUCAACGAUAAUAACUGAUGUUUUGUGGUGGUUCUGCUGGUUUGAUGACACACGUGUAAUACUUUUCAACUACCGAGACGAGUUUUAGUAUCUUUUGAAAUUGUUUCGGAAAAUUAUUUUGCAUUACUGAAGAUUUAAAUAAUAAAAUUCUCUGUAGUCAUUGCUGAUUUCCCUUCACAAUGUUUUUCUCACGUGCAAGUUACCUAGCACCAUAUCAGUGUAGUCAUCCUUUGCUAAGGAGCCUAUUCCCUUCGAUUGAUUUUGCCAUUCUUUGUAUAACCUCACUGAUUCCAAUUUUUAUAAUCAACAUUAGGGUUGAAGCAUAGUAACUUAUUUUUGGUUUUUACUUAUAUGAUUUAAUCAUGUAAAUUUAGGGCUUUUGAUGGAGUUAAAGAAAGCUGAGAUCAAAGAAAAAUAGUAUUCUUGUGACAUCGUACCGCUCCUCAAAUGCCUUGUAAAUUGCUUGUAUUAAUGCACAUUUGAAAGAAAUAAACAGUGAAGAAGGUCA